AUGGGUCUCCUCACCAUUGUCGAAGAGCGGCCGACGCCGCCGUCGGUCUACAACUGGCGCAUCUAUGUGCUCGCCGCCAUCGCAUCGUGUGGGUCCUGCAUGAUCGGGUACACGAGUGCCUUCAUCGGAACCACCGUGGGUCUCGACUCAUUUAAGAGCGAAUUUGGCCUUGACAAGAUGUCAAAGUCGGAAACCAACUUGAUCAGCGAGAAUAUCGUGUCUCUCUUCGUCGCCGGUGCCUUCUUUGGCGCUCUUUUCACGUACUGUCUGAGCCACUUCAUUGGACGCAAGCACUGUUUGGCAAUUGGUGCGGCCACUUUCUCGCUGGGAGCUGGUCUUAACUGCGGUGCCGAUAGCUCCCGUGGAUUGGGUAUCCUUUAUGCUGGCCGUGUCUUGACAGGCUUGGGAACUGGUGUUGCAUCUAAUAUAAUUCCUAUUUACAUUUCGGAGUUGUCGCCACCAGCCAUUCGUGGCCGUCUAGUCGGGUUAUACGAAUUGGGUUGGCAAAUAGGUGGCCUUGUGGGCUUUUGGAUCAACUACGGAAUCGAACAACAUAUGGCUCCCAGCCGCACACAGUGGAUUAUCCCCUUUGCCGUUCAACUGAUCCCAUCAGGGCUCCUCCUGAUUGGUUCCCUGUGGAUCCGGGAUUCGCCCCGUUGGCUCUUCCUCAAAAACCACCGCGAUCAGGCCAUUAAGAACUUGUGCUGGAUUCGCCAACUGGAACCAACCGACAUGUACAUCACGGAGGAGAUUGCAGCCAUCGACAAGAUCUAUGAGAUGCAGAAGUCUACCGUCGGAUUCGGAUUUUGGCAGCCGUUCAAGGCGCUUGGUGCUCGUCCGAACUUACAAUGGCGGUUGUUCCUGGGUUGCAUGCUGUUUUUCUGGCAAAAUGGCUCAGGCAUCAACGCAAUCAACUAUUAUUCGCCCACGAUUUUUUCGAGCAUUGGCAUUGAGAGUAACACGGUCAACAUGAUGACUGGCAUUUUCGGAGUCGUCAAAGCCAUCAUGACCUUCGUGUGGCUGCUCUUUUUGGUCGACCAGCUCGGAAGACGGAAGCUCUUGCUUAUUGGUGCAGUUACUGGCUCAGUCUGCAUGUGGGUUAUUGGUGCAUACGUCUGCGUGGUCGAGCCAACCAAAAACCCUCAGGACCACUUGACUGGUAGCGGCAUCGCUGCCAUUGUAUUUUUCUACCUCUGGACGGCUGUUUACACUCCUACAUGGAAUGGUACUCCAUGGGUCAUCAACUCUGAAUUCUUCGACCCCAACUUCCGCUCCCUGGCUGGCGGUGCGACGACAGCUAGCAACUGGCUGUUCAACUUCCUCGUCUCUCGGUUCACGGAGCAAAUGUUCGCAGCCAUGGGCUACGGCGUCUACUUUUUCUUCGCAUCGCUGUCGUUCUUGGCCUUUUUCUUUGCCUUCUUCCUCAUUCCUGAAACCAGCGGCGUGCCGCUCGAGAAGGUUGACAGACUGUUUGAGAUCAAACCGGUCUGGAGAGCCAAUGCGACGCUCAUGGCCCAGCUUAGAGAAGAGGAAGCACAAUUUCGCUUAGACACCAAGUACCAUUCCAGGCAUCAAGAACAGGGCGGCCAGAGCAAAGCAGAGGAAGUUGAUCAUGAAGGGGUUGUUAGGAGGGUCACUCAAGCAACAGCGGGCGUGUCUGUCCUGAGCAGCGCAAAUGGCGUCAAGUUGAGCCACGGUGUAUGGACCACCGGCGGCUACAAGAGCGUACCCGGGCAGGCUGUCGCACCAGGGGCGCUGGCGGAGGACCGGGUCGAAGAACUAGUCCUCGUGCUCGAAGAAACUGUCCGGGUACUGAAGGAUGUCGUCCCGGCGCUGGAAGUUGAGCCGGAUCGAGAAGACGUGCUGACGCUGCUUAGGCUCGAGCGCGAACUGGCAGAGGAGGCACUGGAGCGGGUGCUGGGAGAUGCGGUACUCGGGGUAAAGCUGGACCUGCUGCUUGGGCUGACAGUUGGCUCUGUGCUGAGCCUGCUGGUACCCGAUCUCGUGCUGUUUGCAAUCGUAGACGGCGAAAUACUGAUCGUGCUGUUGACAAAUGUGAAUCCUGAUCGGUCUGCAGUUGAUGGGCCAGUAGAAUUGGUCACGGGUUCCAUCUUGCUGACCGAAGUGGUUGGUGCACUUGAGGACACAGGCUCCAUGACACUUUGUGUGGAGCUACCAGACCGAAUAGUGACACUCGUCGUGAGCCUAGAUGUGACGCUGAUAGUGGAUGUGGUCCGGACCGAGAGGGAGCUAGCUCCGCUGGAACCACCAGAGGCGGAGCCAGAUGAUGCACUGGAUGCCCCUGAAGCGGAACGUGAUGAGAUACUGGAUGCCGCAGAAGCACCGACCGAUGAGACGCUGGAUGCGGCGGACGCUGAUCGGGAUGAUGCCCCAUCGCUCCUGCUCGACGCAGCGGACUGCGCAGAGGCCACAGCUGCGACGAUGCUGAGUAAAAGGACCUCGAACUGCAUCUUGAAUUACGGGUUAGAUCAACGGAUGCUGAUUCAACGCUAG